AUGCACAACCACCUCCGCAACAGAUCAGCUGGGCAAAAAGAGGAGAACAAGAAGUUGCAUUGUCUGGAGGAUAUUAAAAGCGAAACCGCAAGUAGAUCGGCCAUUGCCUGGCUCGGUCAUUUGGUUCGGGCCGGUCUCUUGAGGGUUUUAGCCAGACCCACCAGUCACGAGGGUCUGUGGGAAAAAAGUGCCUAUAACUCAGGCUAUGAUAGUACGUUUUGCAUUUGCCCUUCAGAUUCCUGGAAGAAUCCCUUCUUCCCUGCAAGAUCUAAACUGGGAGACUUUCACGUCAGCAUGCAGGAGAAGAUUACAGUCACGAUGAUGCGAGGUAUAUUCCAACUGAAGUACUACAAAUGCGAGAACCUCGGCUUGCAAGCAGUUGUACUGCCAUUAUGCGUGAGUGGGCCGGCCGUAACCGUGGAUUCUGGUGGCAGGCGAUAG